AUGGCAACAUCAUUCGUUCUGUCCAAAAUCGCCAUGGCAACAAUUAUGUUGCAGCUACUCUUAAAUUAUGCUUCAGCCUCUCCUCAUAUGAAAUACAUUGACGCUGUAUGCGAUCGCGCCCAUGACCAAGCUUUUUGUGAGAAAACAUUAACUUCAUAUCCCCCUACAGCUGCUCCCAUUGGCCUGCAUCCUAUGGCGGAGGCUGUGAUCGGUCUAGCGAUAUCGCACGCCGAGAAAACAGCGAUUUUUGUAGAUGAAACGGCGAAAAAAGAUCCAACUUUGAAGACUCCAUUUACGGAGUGCCACAAGGCCUACUUGGCGGUGGAUGCUGCUCUCAAGAGUGCAAAUUUGAAGCUUAAGCAAUCUCCAGACACGGCCAACUACGACGUUAGGGCUUGCAGCGACCAUAUGAGGCUCGUGACGGAAUUGGUUGGAAAAAAUACUGACAAGGCUUCAACUGAUCUCAAAGAUAUGACUGUGCAAAUGGAGAAAUUACUCGAUCUUGCAGCUGGAGCCGCUGAUGCCGUUGACGACGAUGACGAGAACAUACACCGUCGCGUUUGA